UAAAAAUAAUGAGAGAGAAAGAGAAAAUCCUCCCAGUGAUUAGUCAUUUGUUUUAUGAUUCAGCUGGUUUGUGUUUUGCAAGGUACAUGGUGUGCAGACAUCUGAAAACGUCUGUUUUCUACUGUUUUGUAACUAACUUGUACUACCAUGAUUUAUCAAUUAGUCUUUACUUCCUCCCAUGACUUAUGAAUAUACUUUAAGCAUAGUUGUUUAUAAUGGGAUGUUUCUAAACUACCUAUCCUUGUCAUGGUACCACGCUGAUUUGACCUAUAGUGCAAAUGGGUGCACCAUGGUGGGCGAGGUCAUUCAAGGGAAAAGAGAAUGUGCAGUGGUGCCGACGUUUGUAAGAGCAGGCGGCUUGUACGUGCAAAUACACGGUUUGGAUAAAUCUGGGAGUGGAUAGGCUCAUGGGUGAUGAAUACUCAAAGCACAAAGCAAGCAACUUUAGUUAGAACGAAACUCUUAAAGCACGCUGCCCUUCGGAAGGAAACACGAUAUUCCGCAAGCUGAUAGCCCUCCGCGACGCAUUACGCACAACGGACAGCUGGAGACGCCGAGGCGCUCUCGCUUUGAUUUCGGCGCCUGCGCCCGCGCGGGGAGAGAUUGGCUGAGGCCGCGGGACUGGGCGGUGAGCGCGUCACUUCCUGCCGCUGCCAGGCGCGUCCUCCCACGCGCUAUGACCGACAGUGCAGAGCCACGGGGGCGGCGGCCUGGAGUCGGAGUCGGAGUCGUGGUGACCAGCUGCAAACAUCCGCGUUGCAUCCUCCUGGGGAAGAGGAAAGGCUCGGUUGGAGCCGGCAGUUUCCAGCUCCCUGGAGGUCAUUUGGAGUUCGGUGAGACCUGGGAAGAAUGUGCUCAAAGGGAAACCUGGGAAGAAGCAGCUCUUCACCUGAAAAAUGUUCGCUUUGCCUCAGUUGUGAAUUCUUUCAUUGAGAAGGAGAAAUACCAUUAUGUUACUAUAUUAAUGAAAGGAGAAGUGGAUGUGACUCAUGAUUCAGAACCAAGGAAUGUAGAACCUGAAAAAAAUGAAAGUUGGGAGUGGGUUCCUUGGGAAGAAUUUCCUCCUCUGGACCAGCUUUUCUGGGGACUGCGUUGUUUAAAAGAACAAGGCUAUGAUCCAUUUAAAGAAGAUCUGAACCAUCUGGUGGGAUACAAAGGAAAUCAUCUCUAGGUAGCCAAGAAGAUUUCUUGAUUUUCUUUAAAAACACAGGAAUGGCCGGGCGCGGUGGCUCAAGCCUGUAAUCCCAGCACUUUGGGAGGC